CGUAGUAGUCCUCCUCCAUCAAGUCUACCCCCUUCAAGUCCUCCUGCUCAUUUCAGUGAUUUGACAGGAGAUGAUGACGAAGAAGUCAUGGACGAUGAACGUGACGCACGUCAUCUGGGACACACAUACGGAGAAGAUGACGAUGCAGAAGAUGAAGAUGAUGAAGGUGAAGAUCUUUAUGGUGAUUCAAUGGCAAAUGAUUAUACAAUCAAUCCUGACUUGGAUACGUAUGACGGAGCAUUGGAUAUCAACGAUGAUGAAUCAAUCACUGCCAUGGAUGAAACAUCAAGACGUUUGGCAGAAUUAAAGAUGCAACGUCGUGAUCGCGCAGAAGGAAAAACUAAACAAAGUCAACGUUCACGUGCACCAGCAUUCAUGCAAUUCGAUGAUGAAGAUGAAAUGGAUGAUUCAGAUAUCAUUGGUGGCCGUCGUCGCCGUCGUCAUUAUGAUGAACAACCUGAAGAGGACGACGAAGGCGCUGAAGAUAUGCCAUUAGAACAAAUUGCCGACGUCAAGACUGAUAGUAUUGCAGAAUGGAUCGCUCAACCUGCCGUUCGUAAAACGAUCUCUCGUGAAUUCCGUAACUUCCUUGUCACAUACGUUGAUGAUCGCGGUGUUUCCGUUUAUGGUCAACGUGUCAAAGCAUUGGGUGAGCUCAACUCUGAAUCACUCGAAGUAUCCUUCCUGCAUCUUGUAGACGCAAAAGCUCUUUUGGCAUACUAUCUCGUUCAAUGCCCUGGUCCUAUGUUGGAUAUCUUUGAUGAUGUGGCAUUUGAAGUCACUCAACUUUACUAUCCCAACUACGAUCGCAUUCAUCCUGAAAUUCACGUUCGCAUUGCUGAUUUGCCAACUCGCUAUUCGUUGAGAGAUUUACGUCAAGAGCAUCUCAACCAAUUGGUUCGCGUUGAAGGUGUGGUCACUCGUCGUACAGGUGUUUUCCCACAAUUGAAAUUUGUCAAAUUCGACUGUUUAAGCUGUGGUAAUAUCUUGGGACCAUUCCAUCAAGAAGCAAGCUCAGAAGUCAAAGUGAGCUUCUGCAAUGAAUGCCACAAAAGAGGUCCUUUCCGCAUCAAUACCGAACAAACCGUUUACCGCAACUACCAAAAGCUCACAUUGCAAGAAUCUCCUGGAAGCGUUCCACCCGGUCGUCUUCCACGUCAUCGAGAAGUGAUCCUUUUGUGGGAUUUGAUUGAUUCUGCACGUCCAGGUGAAGAAGUAGAAAUCACAGGUGUUUACCGUAACAACUUUGAUGCUGCUUUGAACACAAAGAAUGGAUUCCCCGUCUUUGCUACCGUUUUAGAAGCAAAUCAUGUGGCAAAACGUGACGAUGCUUUUGCUGCAUUCAGAAUGACGGAAGAAGAUGAACAUGCAAUUCGUGCUUUGGCACGCGAUCCAAACAUUGGCAGAAGAAUUCGUAAGAGUAUUGCACCAAGUAUUUAUGGACAUGAUGAUAUCAAGACUGCAAUCGCUUUAAGUCUCUUUGGCGGUGUUCCAAAAGAUGUUGGUGGAAAGCAUCGUGUUCGUGGUGAUAUCAAUGUUUUGUUGCUCGGUGACCCUGGUACGGCAAAGAGUCAAUUCUUGAAAUACGUCGAGAAAACAGCCAAUCGUGCCGUUUUUACGACCGGUCAAGGUGCAAGUGCAGUCGGUUUAACAGCAAGUGUUCGUAGAGAUGCGAUGACACGUGAAUGGACGCUGGAAGGAGGAGCAUUAGUUUUGGCAGAUAAAGGUGUUUGUUUGAUCGAUGAAUUCGAUAAGAUGAACGAUGCAGAUCGUACUUCAAUUCACGAAGCAAUGGAACAACAAAGUAUCUCGAUCUCCAAAGCUGGUAUCGUGACAACCUUACAAGCACGUUGUGCAAUCGUUGCAGCUGCAAAUCCAAUCCGUGGUCGUUACAAUCCUACGAUUCCAUUCUCACAAAAUGUUGAAUUGACAGAACCAAUCCUGUCACGUUUUGAUGUUUUGUGCGUGGUAAAGGAUACGGUUGAUCCUGUUCUCGAUGAUAUGCUGGCACGUUUCGUCGUUGGAAGUCAUACCCGUAGUCAUCCACAAUUUGAUGCAGCUGGAGGUGAAGAAGUUCGAGUUGGAACACUUUUGGAUGCAGACAUUAUUCCACAAGAUUUACUACGGAAAUACAUCAUGUAUGCACGUACGCAUAUCAAACCAAAGUUACACGGAUUAGAUCAAGAAAAGCUUUCACUUCUAUAUGCUGACUUACGUCGUGAAUCGCUAUCAACCGGAAGUUAUCCAAUCACAGUUCGUCAUUUGGAAAGUAUGAUUCGUAUGGCAGAAGCAAGUGCAAAGAUGCAUUUGAGAGAUGUAGUUCGAUCGGAUGAUAUCGAUUUGGCAAUUCGUGCAACGGUUGAAAGCUUUGUAAGUGCACAAAAGAUGAGCGUUAAACGAACGCUAGAACGUGGAUUCCGCAAAUAUAUUUCAAGAGAUCGUGAUCAAUUUGAACUUUUGGCUUUCAUUCUUGGUGGAAUUGUGAAAGAUCGUAUGCGAUUUGAACAUAUUAGUAACGCACAAAAGAGAAGACAACAACAUCCAGGUCAAGAAGCCGUUACAGUUCCACUUGCAGAAUUAGAACAAAGAGCAAAAGCUGUUGGUUCUUUGGACAUUUUACCUUUCUUGCAUUGUCGUCUUUUCCGCACAAACGGUUACACAUUCAAUGAGCAAACACGUACAAUCACAAAAGCUUUCGGAAGGCGAUUGGUUGGUGCUCAUGAGGAGCUUUGAUGUGUUUAUCUCUGUACUAUUUUCCUUUUGCUAUUUGCGUAGAGAUUUGUUUAUCCUGUACAAUAUUGGUUCUCGUUGUUAUUGAUCGUAUUAUUCCUAUAGCAUUC